AUGGCGGUGUUUGAACAAACCACCAAUGAAAAUGGUCUUCACAACCACAUCACAAGUACCCAGGUCCAUACCUGGGAGGAGGUCCUUGAGGUAGUCAACAAAGCAUCGGCGAUCUACAACUCAAAGUCGGGGGCCUGGAACAAGAUACGCAUUGCGUUCCAUAACUUUGGCAAGAACAACAAAGCCUUUAAUGCAUGGCUAGGUCUCCUCCCGACCGAGUCAGAUUGGGUUUCCGUCAUAAGUGGAGGUUUAAAACUCAUACUAGGGGCUGCUGCGCGUUUAGCUGAUCUACGGACUGAAAUUUCGACGGCAUUAGAGGAGAUUCCCUGCCUGCUAGCAUGCACUCACAGAGCUACCAAUAUCUUCAACAAACCCAGAGAACUUCGACAAUGCAGCACAGCUCUUUAUGUCACAACACUCAAGCUACUUAAUCACAUUCUCUCUUGGUAUAAAAAAAAGUCGUUAAUGAAAAUAACGGGCAGUAUGUUCAAGCAAUCUACUUACAACAAUAAGUUGAGCGAUCUGGUUCAAGAUCUCAAGCUUCAAUCUGAACGGUUCGAAAGCUUGGCUCGCACAAGUGAAAUGCUUCAGGCGCAUGACCUUCGGACCCACCAGAAUCAUAAUGAGCUUUUCGAAUGCCUUGAGUCAUCUUUCGCUCGUUUUGAUACUUUCAAAUACCAACUUCAUUCGGAGAAUUUGACGAAUCGGCGAGCACUUCAGACAAUGAAUGGCCGCCUGAGAGACCUUCAGAUAAUCACAGAGCGAUUCUUAGCAUGCCAUGAUCGGUUGGAUCCCAACACGGGCCAAGAUUAUCUAAGGGCACGAGAUAAAGCCCUUGUGAAUCUAAACUUUGAAAAUCGUGUAGUCUUGAAAGACGUUGCGACCUGUCUCGGAGAUGUUUGGAAAUUGCCAAGGGAUGCCCAGGAUCGGAUUAUUGCCAUCAUUCAAUCAUCAAAGCUGCAGACCUGGAUUUCGACAAAUAAAUUAACCGUGAUAUUUAUAAAUUCGAAUGCUCGCAGCAAUGAAACGCUGUGCUCCUUCAUCCCUGCGAACCUGAUUGAUUCAGUGGAAGCUCUCAAAAUCAAUAAUGUCUUCACUAUUUCGUUCUUCUGUGGCAUGCACAGUCGCAGCGAUGAUCUAAACUCCGGAGUUACCAGCCUCAUGAAAAGUCUUAUCGGUCAACUUUUGAUGUCCUAUCCAGAUUUUGGGUUACAGGCAGUCAGGGAAAUCUCACAGGGAGAUAGAGAAAGUAUCGAUGUUCUUUGCCAAAUCUUUCAUCGCCUGAUUCUUCAACUGCCGUCGGACGUCAUAUUAUUCUGCCUUAUCGACGCAAUUACGAUUUAUGAGACUUCCUAUUCCCAUAUUAAGGACUGUGAAGUAACGUUAAAUGGCCUCAUCGAAAUUGUUGAGCAGACUCAAGACUACGGAUGUGUGUUUAAACUGAUGUUCACCAACCCCCAAAAUAGUCACCGAUUCUACAAACUUGUACCUGACCAAGCGAAGAAUGUUAUCUGGAUUCCAGGCCGAGUACCUCGGACAGGUGGACUUACGGCUAACAAUACGAAAAUGCGAGGGCUUUUUCACGAAAUUUGA